AUGGCAGGCUCAGACCAUAUCGCCGAGGACACUACCGCCUCCCCGGAACCAACAAAAACUUCACCCGAGGUGAUGGCGGACAAGCAUGACAUUUCCCAGGUCGAGCGGGUAAUGUCCGGUGGAAGUGACAUCAAGAAGGACUUCAUGAAUUAUGAUCGCGUCGACAAAGACGUCGCCAAGUAUGCUGCCAAUGAGCAUAUUGAGAUCUCUCAGGAAGAGAACAAGCGCCUGAAGAGGAUGAUCGACAGACGAGUCCUUGCUAUCAUGAUUCCAACCUAUUUCCUUCAAGCACUUGACAAGGGAACAAUGUCGUUCGCCUCAAUUAUGGGCAUUCGGGAAGAUUUGAAUCUCCAUGCGCAACAGUAUUCCUGGUUGACGACCUGUAUUUACAUUGCAGUCUUGAUCGUCGAAUACCCAACCAAUUGGACCAUUCAAAGAGUCCCUAUUGGCAAGUAUCUCAGCUUGAACAUUUGCUUGUGGGGCACCGUCCUUGCGCUGCACGCUGUCGCGCAGAACUUCGCGACGCUUGUGGCAUUGAGGACCUUGCUCGGCAUCUUUGAGGCUGUCUGCCAGCCUUCCUUCCUGAUCAUGAGCAGCAUGUGGUACAAGCGCGAAGAGCAGGCCGCAACAGUCACAUACUGGUACAUGAUGAAUGGCGGGCAACAAAUCGUGGGCGGCCUUCUGGCGUACUGCUUCUCGCUCAUCCACUCUGGGCCACUCAAGUCGUGGCAAGCGAUCUUCAUUACCUAUGGCUGCUUGUCAGUGCUUUGGGGACUGUUCGUUGGCUGGUGGAUGCCUGACUCACCAAUGAAAGCAAAGUGCUUCUCGGAGGAGGAUAAAACACUCAUGGUGCAGCGAGUAAGGAGCAACCAGACGGGGUUGCAGAACAAGAAGUUCAGGCCCGAACAGGUCAAAGAGGCAUUUCUGGAUCCGCAAACUUGGUGCUAUUGUCUGAUUCAGAUUUGCACAACUCUGCCGACCUCUGGCCUGGGCGCCUUCGCCAACAUCAUCAUCACCGGAUUCGACUUUACCGUUCUUCAGACACAGCUGCUAGCCAUGGUGCUAGGUGCAUACAUCAUCAUCGUGCUCUUGGGAUCGACCUGGCUGAUCAAGAAGACCGGCCAGAAUUGCUUGGUCAUGCUCGUUUUUGUCAUUCCGUCAAUUGUCGGAACGAUUGUGCUGAUGACCGUGCAAAACCAUGACCUUGCCACGAAAGUGGGCCUGCUGAUCAGCUACUAUAUCGCGCUCUCAUUCUGGGCGGCGCAGACCUUGGGCAUGAGUAUGAUCUCCAGAAAUGUUGGAGGACAAACUAAGAAGUCUGUGGUGGUGACUCUCAACUUUGUGGCAUGGUGUACAGGCAAUGCCAUCGGCCCGCAGGUGUUCCUGUCAUACGACGCGCCCCGAUAUUUCAUUGCUUUCGCAACGCAUAUGGGGUGUUAUGUCCUCUUGCUGCUGGUGAUCAUCUUCCUUCGAUUCCACCUUAAACGGCAGAAUCGGAAGAAGGAUGAGCUAGCCUCAGCCGGCAUUCCUGAGGCCAAGGACGACAGAUUCGUGCACGCCUUUGAUGAUCUGACUGACAGAGAGAACGCGAAUUUCAGGUACAUUUAUUGAUCGUCUGCUGAAAUUUAAGGGGGCGACGAUGGAGCCG